GCUGCUCCUGCUCCUGCUCUUUGCAACCGCCUCCUCCACCUCCUCCUCCUGCUCCAGCUCGCGGGGGGAAGUUUUCUUCUUUUUGUAGCCAUCUCCUUCGCCUCCUCUCGGGGACUGACUCCUUCCACUUAGCUCCCGUCUCUUUUGCUUUCCUUCUUCUUCCUCCCAUCCCGCCUGUGCCUCUGCACCUCUGGAAGUUUAUUCCUGCAGCUCUUCUUCCUCCUCUUCCUCCUCCCCCUCCCCGCCCAUUGCUCUUCUCCCCUCCUCCUCAAACAACCCCCACCCCACCCUCCACCUUCUAGUGGCUGCUGCAAGCUUGCUUCUUGGCAAGAGAUGUCGGGCUAAGGGCUGGGAAAGCCCCUGGCUCGGAGAGCAUUGCCCCUGCGCAAAGCUCCAUUGCAGCAGCCGCCGCCGCUCCAUGGGCGGCUAGCCCCUAGUCCUUUACCCAGGGAGAGUUCCGGGGCUCGCCGGCUGCACCGCCCCGCCCCGCCCCGCACCACCCCCGGGGGCUGCCUGACUGUCCGCCCGCACGGCCAGGCUGGGCUGCGGCACUCCGCCUCACCUACACCUUACUCCAGGAUCCAGAGUUGUACAAUGUUAGAUGGAGUUAUGAUUCUGCCUGUUCUCAUGAUGAUAACUUUCCCCUCUCCUAGUGUGGAAGAUGAGGAACCAAAGUUGAAUUCAAACCUGUAUAUGUGUGUGUGUGAAGGCAUAUCCUGUGGGAAUCAGGACCACUGUGAGGGACAACAGUGUUUUGCCUCGCUGAGCAUAAAUGAUGGUAUUCAAGUCUACCAGAAAGGAUGCUUCCAAGUAUAUGAGCAGGGGAAGAUGACCUGUAAGACUCCACCAUCCCCUGACCAAGCUGUGGAAUGCUGUCAGGGUAACUGGUGCAAUGGAAACAUCACAGCCCAGCUACCAACUUCGAAAGGGAAAUCCUUCCCAGGAGGAUAUUCAAGAUUCAGCCUGGAUUAUAUGGCCAUCUUUAUAGGCCUCUCUAUAGCUGCAUGCCUUUUUGUUAUUCUACUGGUUGUGGGCAUUCGGAAAUUCAAAAAACGGAAUCAGGAGCGACUUAACCCUAGAGAAGUGGAAUAUGGCACUAUCGAUGGACUCAUCACUACAAAUGUUGGCGAUAGCACCUUAGCAGAUUUAAUGGAUCAUUCUUGUACGUCAGGAAGUGGCUCUGGUCUUCCUUUUCUCGUACAAAGAACUGUGGCUCGUCAGAUUACACUAUUGGAGUGUGUAGGAAAAGGCCGAUAUGGAGAGGUGUGGCGGGGCCAUUGGCAAGGAGAAAAUGUUGCUGUGAAGAUAUUCUCCUCCCGUGAUGAGAAAUCUUGGUUCAGAGAAACAGAAUUAUAUAACACUGUAUUGCUAAGGCAUGAAAAUAUUCUAGGGUUCAUUGCUUCAGAUAUGACAUCAAGACACUCCAGUACUCAGUUGUGGUUAAUUACACAUUAUCAUGAAAUGGGAUCCUUGUAUGACUACCUACAGCUCACUACUCUGGACACAGUUAGCUGUCUUCGAAUUGUGCUGUCUAUAGCUAGUGGUCUAGCACAUUUGCAUAUAGAGAUAUUUGGAACUCAAGGAAAGCCAGCUAUAUCCCACCGGGAUUUAAAGAGCAAAAAUAUUCUUGUUAAGAAGAAUGGACAAUGCUGUAUAGCAGAUUUGGGACUUGCAGUGAUCCAUUCCCAGACCAACAAUCACCUAGAUGUUGGAAACAACCCUCGUGUAGGCACUAAGCGCUACAUGGCCCCUGAAGUCUUAGAUGAAACCAUCCAAGUGAACUGUUUUGACUCUUAUAAAAGAGUUGACAUUUGGGCCUUUGGACUGGUCCUAUGGGAGGUGGCCAGGCGAAUGGUGAGCAAUGGUAUUGUAGAAGAUUAUAAGCCACCCUUCUAUGAUGUAGUUCCUAAUGAUCCAAGUUUUGAAGAUAUGAGAAAGGUGGUCUGUGUGGAUCAGCAGAGGCCAAACAUUCCCAACAGAUGGUUCUCAGACCCGACGUUAACCUCUUUGGCUAAGCUUAUGAAAGAAUGCUGGUAUCAAAAUUCAUCUGCAAGACUAACAGCUCUGCGUAUCAAAAAGACUUUGACCAAAAUUGAUAAUUCCUUAGAUAAAUUGAAAGCUGACUGUUGACAUUUUCGUGGUGCUGUCAAGAUGGAAGAUUUUUUUUGUUGUUGUUGUCAUUGUCCAGUCUGGAAAUAUGCUGACCUGACUUUUGUCAGAACUGAUCCCUUCCGACCCCCAAAAAAUGGCAUCUUAGUCAAGACAGACAUCUUAUCUAGCCAUCUCUUUGGGAGACGUUAAAACCACCUGAACCUCGCUCAAUGACUCUAAAAAUGGGCAUUUCACAAACUGUUCAGACUUCAGAGACUUGAUGAUGGAUGUACUGUUGCAAAAGAUGUGACCUGAAGGAACACAGAGAAAUCCGAAGACAAAGAUCUGGGCAUUAUGAUGAUGGCUUGGAGCUCUUCUCACAGAACUCUUAGACACUCCCCCCAGGGCACGCGAGGAUGUGGUAAAUUUUUAAUCAGCAAUAUUGCCUGUGCUUCUCUCCUUUAUUGCACUAGGAAUUCUUUGCAUUCCUUACUUGCACUGUUACUAUUAAUUUUAAAACCCAACUUGCCAAAAAAAAAAAUUGGCUCUGUACUCCACUGAUCCGUCUGAAUAAUAGGAAUUCUAUUUGGCAAAAUGAAACGUAACUGUCAGACUUCGCUGCAUUUUACACGUGCUGAUGUUUACAAUAAUGCCGAACAUUAGGAAUUGUUUAUAAACGACUUGGCAAAUUAUUUAUUACUAGUGCACUUAGCAGUUUUCACAAAACUGACUAGUGCAUGUUAAAGCUUAUUUUUAUGUGGUCUCAUGAUUUUAUUACACAAAUGUUUUUAACACUAUUAUCUGAAAUGGACAUUUUCUGUAUUAUCAGUUAAGAGUCACAUUUUAAGUGCUUCACAUUUGUACGUGUGUAGUCUGUAAUAUAUUUUUUUUUUCAGUUCGUACGCAGAACAUAUUUAGCCAUUACCCACGAGACACCACGGAAUAUCUUACUGAUUUAGAAACAAUUAAAGAUUUCAGUAGAAACUUUAGUCCUGAAUGCUGUGGGGGGAAAUGCAUUUUCUUCUGAAUUAUACAUUAUGUGCAUUUAAACUCUGCCAGAAAAAAAAUAACUAUUUUGUUUUAAUCUACUUUUUGUAUUUAGUAGUUAUUUGUAUAAAUUAAAUAAAAUGUUUUCAAGUCAAACAA